AUGGAAAAAAAAUACAUCAAAACUUUGGUAACGCUUUCCAUAUUCUUACUGUUAUUUGGAACUUCAACCAUAUCAAAACCGUUACCAGAUGUUCGCAUAUCAAAAAUUGCUGACAACUACUUCAAUAUUGAACAGUCCAUCGUUAACAGUGAUGCGAACCUUGAGUCCGAUGGCGUUACCAUUGCAUUCGAUAUUUCACUUCUCGGUAUUAUUAAACUGGGGGGAACAUUAGUAGUAGGUCCAACUUUAAAUGAUUGUAAAUUUGAUGUUAAUGUGGCGGUUGUUAACGUUGUAAUAGGAGAAAUCUCUGGAGAUUUCGCAAAAGGAGUCGAGCUUAGCGUAAACUUGUUUUUAGCGAAAGGAUCUCUUUUGUUUUAUUUGAAAAAUAUUGAUGUUUCAUAUACUUUAUAUAUGGAUUAUGAUAUCACUGUUGUAGGCAAAAAUUAUGGUGGAACUGCGGAUGUGUUCACCUACCAUCUUGGUUCUAACAUUAAUAAAGUUACUAAACUUAUUGUUGGUAAUAAAAGUAAUGAUUAUAGUUAUUAA